AUGAAACAAUGGGUGUUACCAGCCAGACUCUAACGAGAGUGAUCAGUUACGGUGAGCUAUUGCCAGCAGGAGAGAGGAAAAAUCUUUUUGUAGGUGAUAAUCAAACUGGACCAUUUGCAGCAGUUGACAAGAAGUUGUGAGGAACAGUGUGUGUGUGUGGUGGGGGAGAAUAAACACGGGGAAAUAGUUUUUCCUUUGUGUAAUGACCCAUCCACUCCCAGUCUGUGUUCAAGCCUAAUUUAAUGGUGUCCAUUUUGCAAAUUAAUUCCCGUUCAGCACUCUCUCGUGGGAGUCUCUUGUGGAAGGUUUUUUUGUUGUUGUAAUAUUGCGACUUUUAGGUCUGUAAUCGAGUGGCCAGGGAGGUUGAAGUGUUUCCCCCACCGGUUUUUGAAUGCUGACGUCCGAUUUGUGUCCGUUUAUUCUUGUACGGAGAGACUGGCCAAUGUACGUGGCAGAACAUAGCCCUCUGAAACCUACCGGCAGGGGACGGGAUUAACGCGUUGGCUUAUUCCUAGUCUCUGCACUCACAAAGUUGUCUCUGGUCACGUUGGUUAUUGGCGUGGCCUGCGUGCCCUACCGGCUGGGUUCCCGGGAUGGCGCGGCUGGCCCCCCAAAGCUGCCAAUCUGUGUAAGAAACGAGACAAGCAAACAGAGUAGGGCCGGUCAGCGGGAUGAGUUGGGGUCUCGGCCUGCAACCAGCCUCACCGUUACCAAUUUUUCUGUUGAGGGAAGAGUUUAUAUUACCGGGUCUAAAAUCACCCCCCUAACCGAGACAGCUGUCCCAGUAAAACGUGGGGUCGGUCCAUAUUUGAGGUACCCCGGGGGUACGCAGAGGUCCUCCAGGGGGUUCAUCAACUCCUCUAGAUACUUGCCUGCAUACCAGGCGACAUAAAAAGCGCUAGCGACGUCAGUCCAAACGGCAAUCUCAUGCAGCCCAAAGGAGGACAUCAGCAACCAUUCAGUCUCAGCCUGGCUGGGACGCGUCUGUACUUCCGUGUCUGAUUUCGUAAGCGCGUCGUUUUUACGGAGAGUGGAACUGAGGCUGGGGGGGGGAUUAAGUGACUCGACCAAGGUUGGACGGGGACUCGGUGGCGGAGAUGGAAAUCGAGCCGGGAUCGCCUGAGCCGCAGGCCUCUCCUUCCUAAAAAGUCAAUGGUACCUUCGGCCUGCGAGUUAUAACCAGAGGAUUAAGGGGACCCCCCCAGCACGGUAGCAGGGGGGGCGCACACAACUGGGGAGAUCAAGGAAAACCCUGGGGACCAUCGCAGCAGCGGCCAGGCAUGGAGGAGGAGACCUGCACGCCCCUCGUCCCAUUUGCUACGCAGUCCAAGGUGGUCAGCCGAGAUGAACCCAACGCCGACGCCACGGAGCUCCCCACCCGUCAGCGAGGCCCGUCUGACAACGCGGAUGGAUUCUGGAGCGGGCUUAGCCAGCGGCCAAGCCCGCCCUGGAUGGAAGAAUACAGGGAAGCCUCACCCCUGCUGAGGUCCAGCUCUGCCGUCCGCAGGCCCGAUGCCCAGACAGACGCAGGCUCCUGGCCCGCGCUGGCCAUCCCGCAGGCUCUCCCCUCUCCUCGGGAGCUGUGUCGGAGGAGAAGCGGCCGGCUGAAACGAAGGAGACCGGCGAACGGCAGCGUGAUGUCGGUCUGUUACCACCUGGAGGACCUGAAGAAAAGGCAAAGCAGCAUUGAUCAGCUGAAGAGGCUGAAAUGGGGUGGAUACGGAUCCCCAGCCAGCUCUGAAGGGCUCGAAGGCGCCGCUGUCUCUCUAGCCGAAGAAUUGCAAAGCGGAAGAGACCUGCUGAGCCGUUUGACCAAGCCAAGACCUUCCUGGCUCUGGGAAGAGGACUCCUUUGUUAGCUGCAGCGGCAGCGGGCAGCGGAGCUGCAGCCCGGGAGAGCAGCCAGGGAUCCCCGAGGGACGCCGGGGGGGCUCCUCCCUGGUGGCCACGGCAGACCGACCCCAGCCGCCGGGCAGGUGCCUGCCUCAGGAAGCCUUCUGGGGCUUUCGGUACCAGCCCGAAGAGUGAUCGUGAAGUGCUCAGCGUGGGGGGGCUAUCACCCACGCACGCUUGCAGCAGGCCUUAUAUUGAAACUGGAUUCACUCCCCUCUCCUGAUAUCCGGCGACGGGAAAGCGACCCCCCCCCCCACGCCCCUCCGAGCGCCUGCUUGGUUCCUGGUUAUUGACUGUUUCGUGCCUUGGUUUUUGGUUGGGGUUUUUGUUUUUUGGGCAAGGAAAGCAACCGCUUCCGUCCUGAUGCUCUCUGUGGGCUUUCGGGACCCGGCUCCGUAGCCAGAAAGACGCCGGCAGGAUUGUUUCCAUAGUGAUUCAGCGCGAGCAGAAAAGAAGAGGGGGCUGCCUGUAUUCCCCCGCACCUACCUAUCGGAGGGGGGGUUUUAGUUAGCAAAGGCUUCGAGAGCGAAGCCACCCAGGCAACGGUGCCGAAGCAAAUCUGCUGCCUUCCGCGCCUGGGAAGGAUGAGCCACCCUGGCGCGCGAUGAAACGGUCUCGAAGCCGUGUCCCCCGGCCGCCGUCCCCACCCGAAAUACUCAGAUAAGCCUCCAGCACCUGGGCUGAAGUUUGGCUCCGUCUCGCGGCCCCGGGUGGAAGGCUGCGUUGGCCAGUGGGAGCCUACCCUCUGGUGUCGUGGGAGACAGCGGGGAAAGGCAAAAGCCAUGGGUGGCACGGUCCCGGGACGCUCGGCGACGCUUCUCUUCUCCCCACCAAGAGCCGUCCAGGUGAGGUAAGUGCGGAGCGGGGCACCGAGGGGAGAGGCGAUCCCGCUGGCUUUCCCCAAACCAUCGUGUCAGGGAGAGCGGGGUGCGAAUCUGGACCUCCGGCCAGUUCCCCCUGUCCCUAGUUUCGGGGUAAUGAAUUAUAAAUCAGCCUUGAGGAAACACCUUGAGCCCAUGGGAACCAAACGCCUGAUCCUCCGGCGCUCUUUGGAAAACCCACACCCCCCUCCUGGCUCAUUUCGGAAGGCCGAUGUGACUGGAAACAGCGAGGGUGAAAUUCAGUCGUUCCCGGUUAAUUUCCCCGCCAGAACAAUCAGGGUUCUUACCCGACUGACAGUCCCGGUGGCUGGCUUUUCGUUUCGCUAAUUCAGAAAAACCCCACGGCAAACUUUGAAUGAUACCAUCUCUUUGAGGGUUUUGUUACGGAAACAAGCUAUAUUCUUUCCCGGGAAUGUACCCCCGCUUUGUGCAAGGACGGUGGCGGGGUGAGGUUCAGCCAGUAUUGGCACCCGACUCUUCCAGCGCCGCAGGAGAAAAAGCCCAGGCUCUCGGCAAUGUUCAGACCGUCUGUUGUCACGGCAAAAACGGUCAGCGUUGGGCUUCUGAAGGCGUCACAUCCUAGCCGGCUGCGACUAGUCUCUCUGGAUGUACCAGCUGUUUGGUGUGAGGGGUUUGUGGUCUGGUCCUGUGUCAUGAGCUCAUGUGCAGUAAUAUCGGAGGCCAGUAACGAACAUAAGCCCACGCUUAAUUCGAUGUCCAGCCCUGAGUGGAAAUACCUAGCUGAAUCCAGGCCCAAAUGAUUCAUGUUUUUACCGUUCCACAGCAUUUAGUGUGUAUUUUUUGAAGUUAACAAGAGAGAUCCGUUGUUCAAACUAUAGGAGACGUGACCCUAAAGGUUUACUGGAUAAAUCCUUCGUUUAUCUCGCGGUCGAGUGACCCUACGCGAAAUCCGUGCUAGAAUUCUGGUCUCGACGUUGCUGCUUUUCGAUGCCUCCGGCUUAGCUCAGCUUGUCUCGAAAGGUUCUUCCGACAGGGGUUGUCCUCUCCUGCCUUCGUUGUGGGAAGUGCAGCUUCUUUAUAAUCCGCGCUAUUAAACGAAGUGGAAACACUUGGCCGUGUUUACAUUUUUUCCCCCUCAAAAGAGCGUUGUGGAAAGAAGCUGAAAUAGGACAGAGCCAAAUUUCUGCCAUGGUAGCACCUCUCGGGGGGCCCCGUUGUGCCGGGUGCUGCGGAGACACAGAGCGGGAGAGGGGGGAGCUCGUCGGCACAGGC